AUGGGCUGGCUUGCGACCUGCACGGGCUACCUGGCGCCAAUGUUCAUCAUCCUCUCGCCCAUCCUCUCCUAUGGCGACCAGGCCGUCUCGAUGCACCGCAAAAAGACCAGCGCGGGCUUCUCUCUCGACAUCCCCCUGAUUAUGCUGGUCGCAUCUCUGUUCAGAAUCUUCUACUGGCCCGGCGCACGAUUCGACUCGAGCUUGUUGAUACAGUCCCUGAUCAUGGUGGGAAUGCAGGUGGCGCUCCUCAAGAUUGCUCUCGAUCACCGACCUGCCCCUUCGAAUAAAGGCGGAGAGUCCGGGCUGCCAUUCGCUGCUGCCGAGGGCCUCUUUUCCCAGCGGCCGUAUAAUUUCUGGCAAUGGAGGUCACCGAAGCCAUAUUGGCAGUUCGUGGUCUACCUCUUCGCAGGCCUGCUCGUCUGCGAAGUUGUCAUGUCCAGCAUCCCUCCCGUCUAUUCCAUGUACUCGGUCCUCAUCGGCUACAUUGGCCUCUCCGUCGAAGCCACGCUCCCGAUCCCGCAGAUCCUCGCCAACGCGCAGUCCAAGUCGGUCAAGGGCUUCCGGCUGUCCGUGCUCGCUAGCUGGAUCGGAGGCGACGCCAUGAAGAUCUUCUGGUUCUUCACCGCCACGUCCGAGAUUCCCCUGGCCUUCAAGAUCUGCGGCAUCUUCCAGGCUUGCUGCGACUGCUUCCUCGGCGUCCAGUACUUCAUCUACGGAGAAGGCGAGAGCACCGUCAAGGGCCACCCGCUGCAAGACUUCUCCAGUCAGGAGAUUGGAGCGCAGCAGCAGGGCAGGAGUACGACGCCCACACGGCGGUCGGCGCCAUUUAGCGACUACGAGAGGAAUUAG